AUGAACACAAAUAAUAAUCAAACCACCAACGAUACAAAUAAUAAUGCUAAGGGUAAUCGUAAUGGAAAAGAAAAGAAAAAGAAAGCAAAAGAUAAAAAUCUUUACAAAACUGUUUACACUGCUCAAGAUAUCGAUGGUCACAUUGGCGAUAAAUCAAUCGACGAUCUUGUCUAUUAUGAUACUGGUAAAGGGAAAAUGCGAUGUUGCUCAAUCCAACAACCUGUGACCAAAUUAAUUUCUGACUCUGGUAUCACAACUAAAUCAAAAGUCAAAGAUUUCUAUCCAACCAAUUCUAAUGUUAAUAAGAAAAUUUUGAAUACUAAUAAUGUUGUCAUUAAUUCUGAUGGUUUGAGAAACAAAAAACGUGAUACCUCUGCCAAUAGUACCCAUGUUGCUACCACUGCCAAUCAGGAUGUUGAUGCUAAUAAUUUUAAGGAGCUUAGAUAUACAGCCUCAGAUCCGGAGACAGUGGACCAAGAGACAAGCUUCCAACCAGUUAAAUCGAAACACCUUAAACGACGUAAAGGUACUUCAAAGAAUAAACCUGUCGGUGGUGGUGGUGUUGGUGGAGAUCUUGGUAUGCAAUCACCUCAACCCAAUCAUCAAAUAUUACUUUCCUCGAGGGAUCGAAAGGAUAAAAAAUAA